AUGUCUUCGAAAGAAAUCUGUUUGGGAAUAGACGUUGGUGGUACAAAGUUCGCAUGCGUUGCCACCACAACUGUUUCUCUAAUAGAUUCAUCAUUUUUCAAAAAACCUACCAUUUCAAGUUUAGCCUUUGAUGAUCAUGGAUACAAAGUAUUGACCGGACCAUUAUUUUCGGUGGAUUCAUUUGAUAAAGUACUUGAUGAGUUUAUUUUAAAACUUGAUGAUACCUAUAAUAAGAAUUAUAAAAUCGUAUCAAUCGGGGUUGCGAUUUGUGGUUUAAGUGAUAAAGAAGGCACCAUCACAUUAUGCGAAAUCGGUAUCCUUCAAGGAUGGAAUCCCGUGAAACAUUUAAAAGAGAAGUUUGGUCAAGAUGUUAGGGUUCUCACUUUUACGGAUAGUGUUGCUGGAUUGGAACAUGCUAGAAGAGAAUGGCCGGAUGUAAAAGAUAUGUCUAUCAUUGUUGCGGGUACUGGAAUCGGAACAGCCUUUUUGUGCAAUGGACAAAUUGUUAGAGGUCAUCUAAAUGCAGCAGGAAAUCUUGGUAUCGCUCCAAUGUUUCUCCCACAAGAUUACGCUAAAUAUGUAAAAAACUACAUCACCGAACCGAUGAGUUCGACACUUUCACCACCAACGAUGAUGCUUGAUCAAUUAGCAGGUGGUAAAGCAUUAAUUCGUAUUAUCACCCAAGAAAUUGGUGUUAGCGUUGAAGAAGCAAUUCAACGACUUUCCAAAUAUUCUUCUCCAAAAGAAGUCCUUUCAAACUCUUCAGAUAAUGAUGCUGAAAUCGAUCAAAAACUUGUUAAAGUCAUAUUGGAUUGGGCUACAGUGUUCGGGAUCGCUGUGGCUAAUAUCCUUUGUACUUUUAAUCCAAAAGUUUUAGUAAUCGCCGGCGGUGUUUUAAACUUCCCUUUUUAUGUUGAUAGAGUCAUGGAAAUUGGUCAAGAAUAUGCUGGCGCCAUUGUUCCUGAAAUUUGGAGUGAAACUUUGGUGGUUAGAAGUUAUUGGAGUAAUGAUUUGGUUGUCAGGGGUGCUUUAGCGGCUGCUUAUGAUGAAGGAAA